GGCGCAGGGGAGGGGGCGGCGGGGUGAGGUUCAGGGGCGCGGCAGGGAGCGACCCCCGGGGGCGCACCUGGAGGCCCGGCCGGAGGUGGAGCGCGCGGCAUGGGCUGCGGACCUUCCCAGGCUGCUGAGGACCAGACACGCGUCCCCGCGCCCAAGAAGGGCUGGGAUGAGGGAUUUAAGGCUGAUGUCGGUGUGACUUAUUCCGUGGAGAACCUCAGGCCCCAGAUUGGAGCUGAAUUACCCAAGGACCCUUUGAGCAGCCCCGAGGGCCUGGAAAUACAGGCUCAGUUGGGAAGUUUACCUGGAACCACAACAGAAAGUCCCCCAUUUCUUAGUGAAAGAAACAGAGGAAUAAAUUCAGACCUAGUGACCGGUGGAUUAAUCCAUAACCCCCAAGCCCCCGAGACCCGAGAACGACAAAAGUCAUCAGACAUCCUGGAGGAAUUAAUUGGUCAAGGAAUAAUACAAAGCCACAGCAAAGUACUUAGAAAUGGAGAAUCUUAUGAUGUCAUGGCAAACGUGACCGAGUGGCCUCUGAGAAAGCCUCCAGCCAGGCUGAAAAAACUUCAGCUCAAAAAGGAAGCAAAGGCUUUCACAACGAACGAUCUAGAAGAGAAGGUGCGAGCGGUGGAGAUGCACAAGAAGACUAAAGAAGAAGAAAUAAGAAAAAGGCUAAGGAGUGACCGACUUUUGUCCCCAGCCAAUCAUUCAGAUGCAGCUGAGCCGGACGGGGCUGAGGUUCUGUUUGCCAAAGGACCUCACGCUGUGAGUUCCGCUGUGUUUGAGUUUGAGCCGUCUGACCCGCAGGGAGGAAAGCCUUUGAAAGGGAAGAAGAGUCAUAUGGCAUCGAGUGAUAGAAACUUCAGUUAUGAAGGAUUUGGGUUGGUGGAGUCAGAUGUGUCUUACAACCAAGCAGAUGAUGUAUUUGAAUAAGCCAUCUUAUGUGGAUUUCAUGAAAAGACAUCCAUUCUCCCUGACUGUGACAAUUUUAGUCUGUCUCGUGUUUUUCUGGAGGCCUGAUCUCACCCCACUGGGAUUUGCCAUGGGUUUAGGAACGAUUGUAUAAUGUGCAUGGGCUGAACUUGGCUGAGUCAAUUCAAUAUCUAUGCUAGCUAGCAAAAGGGGGGGAAAAAACCCCAGGAAGAUCUGACUGGCUUCCACAUUAUAAAGUUGGCAUUCUCUUCCAGUGGGGCUUCAGACGCUAUGAAGACAUCUUUAUGAAUACUUUCCAGCUUACGUUAAUGUGUUUGUGCCAGAUGAAACCCUUCUUUUUUGCUCCUGCCCGUUGGCUAUGUUCACCCUCUGAGGGUCCCUUCAGACAAAUUGCACAGAUUUGUAUUACGUGUUUGAAUGAUCUGUAUGCUUAUCUGUAUGUUUCAUUAUUCUCAUUCUGUGUUGUGAAAGAUGGAAAGCAAUAUCUUGAAGCUGUUUGAAUUACACUUUCAUCCAUACAGCUUAAGGAAGCAAUAUCCAAUUCGGAGAAUUAAGUAUGAAAAAAGACAAACUUCACUAGGGUCUAGGGGUGGGGGAUGUCCCGGAGGGGGUACACUGGCAGGAGGCCCUGGGCCUAACUCCCACGUGGGAGUCUGACGGGUCUACAUUCUUUUUUUUAUUUAUUUAUUUGUUUAUUUAUUUUGAGAGAGAAAGCGUGUGUGCAAGCAGGGGAGUUGCAGAGAGAGAGAGAGAGAGGGCGAGAGAGAAUCCCAGGCAGGAUUCCCAGGCCCCAUGUGGGGCUCAAUCCCAUGAACCGUGAGAUCAUGACCUGAGCUGAAAUCAAGAGCCCGCCACUUAACCGACUGAGCCACCCGGGCGCCUCUGAUGAGUCUACAUCCUGAAGAUCUCCCAUCCAUUUUCACACAUUUCCCCUCACACCACCCUCCUGUCAUCCAACUGGAUCUCUACAAAAGUUUCCUUGGUCCCUAUACCACAGUCCUCUGGUGAAAACCCUUUCCUGGGUGCCUUUCGUGGUCAAAGCAGAGUCCAGAACCCUUUCUGUGACUGGUAAGGAUCUCUGCUUUCACAAUUCACUUGUGCUGAACUUGAGCCCCUCAGACUCAUCACACUGCUUCUCCUCCGCUUCAGGGUCUUUGCACGUGCAGCUCCCCACUUCCCCUCUCUCCCUCUCGCUGCUGGAGCCGACUAAUGCCUUCUUGUUGUUUGUGUCUCCACUCAGACCACUUAGUCCAAAGCUCCCGGUCUGGGUUGGUGCUGCUCUCUUCCAGUUGACUUUCGGCACCCUGGCCCACUCACCUCUGCACUUGCCACCCACUUGAAAUCGCCUGAUAGGUUUUCAGCUCCACCACGAAAUAUUUCGGUUUUAGCAGAGCAGGAGAUGAGUGUCUUGUUCACAGUUGCAUUUUUUUGUCCCUCCGAAGGUGAAUGGCACAUCAUAAGUGCCGUGUAAAUAUUUUGUUAGUGGAUGCGUCGGUGUCCCCACACAUCUCCGAGAAGCAGGACAGCCCCCAAAGAUGGGAACCAGGGGCUGGGGACAGUGCAAUUUGACCGGAGGACCACGAGGCACCUGCUGCUUAUGCAUUCCCUUUGGGAUAUUGUAGGAUUUGGGAUCCGGUAGCCAGGUAUGAUGGUGGUAUGAUGGACGGACUUCUUUCAAAACCCAUUCCGGAACCCAAACCUUUAAGAAGCACGAUCUCCGUCUUACAAUGUGACCUGCAGAGCCCUGGUCCAGGGCAGUCUGUGUCUCCAUUACCUUAUAUGUUAAUUUGGGAUAACCGCUUCCAUCAACCCAAAUGAAAUAAUGGGUCUAAAAGUACUGUGGAAACUAGAAUAUGCCGUAAUAUUAUAGAAUGCUAUUUAUGUAAAAUCCCAGGUGGCCAACAUGAUGUUUUCCAUAUUGUCCUGAGAUUUUUUCUGGCAGCUGUCUUGUGGUGACAUGUGAUAAUCUUACAAAAUAUUACAGUAGCUGAAAUGAUUGCAGUAGGCCACUUCAAAAGGAUUUAGGUAUCAUUCAGAUCUCUGUAAAUAAAAAAAUUUAAAUGGC